UGCUUGAGCUAUCGGUUACGCAACUCGGAUGAUUUUUCUGGAGUCAGUUGGUGUGCUCAACGGCUAAAAAAAGAAAAACCCUUGAUGGAUGAAGCUGGUUCUAGUCGAGUGAUUCCUUUAUGAGUUUGAAGGAUUGACCCUAGCUAAAUAGCGACACGGUUUACCGAGCAAACAACCAUGCCAGGCGAGUAGCGCUGCACUCCUCACAGCCGCCGUACCGUUUGUUCACUCACUUCAGUCAAGCUCUGACGGUGUGCAGUAGACAGGCUUGCUGUGUUGAGCAUCCCACACACACAAUAAAAGGAGGCGGAAAAAAACUCUGGUCGAACAGGAUCUGCUUUCAGCAGCUACACAAAAGUAUCCAGCUAGAGUCAUUCUUCCAGUUGUGUCAUUGCGUCUGUUGUGUGUGGUCACACUUUGGGAGUUCCAAAUCCAGCUGGAAUUGUAUUUAACUGUACAAUCAAAGAGAGAGAGAGAGAGCCCUGUAUCGCAUGUGAUUAAGGGAAACACCAGCUGCAUUGAGUUUACUUUGAAAGAGCGUAUUGCGACCAAAUGUACUUUGUUGAUCCAUACGCCGGUGGUGAGAUGAUACUUGCGCCAAGCGGUGCACCUUACGGGACGGUACCGUUGGUCGCGGUACCCCAUUCCCACCCUGCUGCUAAUUAUGUCUACAGUUCGUCAACACGAAAGAGAGGACUGCGGGGCUCAGAUGAGUUGUUCACACCAAACGGUACCACCACUAAUCCCCUCGCCUCUACCUUCGGCGGUGGUGAUUCACCCAUUAACGAUGCCAAAAAGGUGAAGAGGGAGGCGGCACCUCCGUCCCGGGUGGUUCACAUCCGUAACUUAGCGCCAGACGUGAAUGAAGCUGAGGUGGUCAGCCUAGGUGUUCCGUUUGGAACUAUCACCAAGGUCCUAUGCAUCAGAAACAAAGGCCAGGCAUUUAUAGAGCUUGCCGAUGUUAGCCAAUCCACAAAAAUGAUAUCCUACUACAACCAAGUCACGACUACACUGCACGGCAAGCCUGUCUUUGUCCAGUUCUCCACCCAUCAGGAGUUGAAGACAGAUAACUCCCCGGCACAUCAGGACACUGGGGGGCGCAACUCACAAUACAAUGCAACGACGGUGGCGGUACAGGCUGCCCUUGCUGCUGUGAAUGCUGUGCUAAACAAUCCCUCCUCGUCAGGGACUCUCCUCCCAGACAGUGACUCCUACUCUGGCAAUCUGGACAAGAACACCGUGUCUAACGUGGCAGCCCAGGCAGCGUUACAAGCAACACAAGCACUCCUGCCUCAGCAUCAGUUUUCCUCCAUAAGCUCGUCACCCAAAGUAGCAGACAGCCCAGGAGGUCCUCAGCACGUACUCCGUGCCGUCAUUGAACACAUGAUCUACCCCGUCAAUGUGGACACCUUACACCAAAUCUUCUCCAAGUAUGGAACAAUCUUGAAGGUAGUCACCUUCACUAAGAACAAUGUUUUCCAAGCUCUAAUCCAGUUCAACAAUAGCAAAGAAGCUAAUGAUGCCAAAAUUGCCUUAGACGGACAGAAUAUCUACAAUGCUUGCUGCACCUUGCACAUUGAGUUCUCUAAACUCCCUGCACUCGUUGUCAAAUACAACAAUGAGAAGAGCAGAGAUUACACACGUGACCUACCAACGGGAGAUGGUAUCCACCCAGGAGAUGGCAUUGGAUUAGGGGGACACGGAAUGAUGUCAAAUCCGUUUUCACAGAUAGCAUCCAUGGGUCAGUCACCAUUUAGUCCGACAGCUGCCACGCUAGCGGGCUUUCCAGCGGCGGCAGUUCCUGGGUUUGGUAGUGCCUUCAUCGGAGGUGGCAUGCAGCAGAACGCAGCGGCGGCAGCUGCCCUGCGUUUCCAAAACACUCUAGCAAUGCAAGGCCUUCACGGAAUGCAGGGGAUGCAGGGAAUGCAAAGCAUGCAAAGCAUGCAAAGCAUGCACAACAUGCAAGGGACACCAGUACUGUUAGUCAGCAAUCUCAACACUGAACUCGUCACGCCUCAGGCUCUCUUUACCCUCUUUGGGGUAUAUGGUGACGUGAAAAGAGUUAAGAUUUUGUACGAGAAGCGAGACAACGCACUAAUUCAGAUGGCUGAUGCACACCAGGCUCAGACAGCCCUUGCUAACUUGAAUAGUGUGAAGUUGUUUGGGAAGCAGCUGAGGGUAGCGCCCUCUAAGUAUCGUGAGGUGGCCAUGCCGAGAGAGGGACAGCCGGAUGCUGGUCUGACUAAAGACUACAACAACUCACCGCUCCAUCGGUUCAAGAAGCCUGGCUCCAAAAAUUUCCAGAACAUAUUCCCACCCUCCGCUACCCUGCAUCUUUCAAACAUUCCAGCCAGUGUAACAGAAGAUGAUCUUCAAAGUGCCUUUAGUCAGCACGGAUCAGUUGUGUCUUUCAAAUUUUUCCCGAAGGAUCGUCGUAUGGCGUUGAUUCAGAUGAACUCUGUGGAAGAAUCCACCCACGCUCUCAUCGCUCAGCACAACUGCCAGUUAAGUGAGUCAAACCACUUGAGGGUGUCUUUCUCCAAAACGCAGAUGUCAUAGAAAUCCACCCCUGCUUACCACAUGGAAUAUGCUCCUCGACAAUGAUAAGACAUAAGGACUUCUCCAUUCGCACUAUAGAAAUGGGGGUGGUGAACUAAGAGGACAUGGAAGAUUCUGUUAUUGCUCUACCCCCACAGAGUGAGUGGAGCAGACCCUUAAUUCAAAUGGAUUUGUAUUAUAUUGAGAUUCUGCGGGGUGUACCAUGAUUGGUAGAGGGGGUUUUUAAGUCAAGGGACGAUAAAUUUUCCAUCAUUUUCAUUCUCUGACUCAUUUUACAAGGAGCCAAUUGUGUAACCAUGAAAACACAAAGUGGGUUUGUUUUUGCACAAUUUGUGCUCCUUAAUGGUCCCAGGACCAAAACAAAAGAAACAAUAAAAAAAGUCCAGAAAGUUCAGUGGAACUGAAAGGAAUUUGUGAGAAUAUAAGUAAUUGUAACUGAUGUACAAAUUGUAUUCUUGGUUUAAUAAACCAGGACAGAGCUGUCAGGUGUAUUAUUUUUUUAAUACCAAGAUUUAUUAAAAGAUAAAAACAAGGGACUUUUUUGUGCAUGCUUUGAUGCUAUUUUAACUUGUUUACUGUGAGACUUCUGUGGAUCAAAAUAUCUUUAUCAUUUUUGUUGUUGGUGUUCGUGAAAGAAAGGAGGAGAUCAUUCAAUCAUCUGAUCUCAAAACAAGCGUGUUUUAAAAAACCCGAAACAAAGCGAUUGUCUUUUUUUGAGGGAGUGUUUUAGUCCAACAGAAAUUGAAAGGGUAGUACUGGAACAAUCAAGUUUUUUACGAACAAGAAAACAGGCUUUCAUUUUAUGUUCUUAGUCAAGGCACGGUGUGAUGUGUUGUUUGAAAAUAUAUUGAGCAAAGACAUGUUUGAAUUAUCUGCUCCUUUUGAUAUCGUCUGGAAGUAUUUUUUAUUUUCUCUUCAUAAAUUUCUAGAUUAGUUAUCGAAGUCUCUGAAAUUGUAAUAUUUCCAUGGGAUUUUGUCUUUUAUUUUGCUGUGGUGAACAGGUUUUGGUGCAUGUUUUGACAAAUUUAUUGUAAUUUUUUUUUCUAUCAAUCUUGAGAAUGCAGUUGUAACAAAAAAAACUUUAUCACAAAUAACUUUUCUUCGGUUUUUCAAUUUUUAAUAAAAAGAGUAAUGAUGUUUUACAUGGUAUAUGAGUGAUCACUGAUUAUUAAAAAAAGGUUUCUUGGAUUGUGUUUGUCUAAUAUUAGGUGGUAGUCUUAGGUAUAUGAAUUAACAAAAACAAAUACUUCACUUCUUUUAAUUUCAAAUCUCGAGGUCCAAAUAUUGUUUGCAGACCCAUAUUAAUUUAGACUUCUCUAACAUUUGGGCUGCAUACCACAAAUUGUCCCGUUUUAUUCACAAAUUAAAAAAAAAAAAGUUUAUGGAAUUUGAAUGUCUUCUGUUUCAAGCAGAUGAAUUUAUUUAAGAAUGUGCAUUUUUGGCAAUAAUUCGUAGAUUUGUUAUAACGAUAAUUAUUAUAUUGUUAAUUAUAAAUGAGAGAGGACGGUGGUUUGUAUAUACUGAUAAUAGAGCAAAGAGCCGAUGGAGUCUUUUUCGGAGACACAAGACUAAAACCUUGAUUUGGGAGGGGGGGGGGGUGGUGUUUGAUUUUCCUGUUUGUAUAACCGCACUUAGACAAUCCAUCCAAUACAGGUUCUUACAAUAUAUUUUUUAAACUUGUGCAUAUAAACCCAAACAUUUAUGAGGUUAAAGGUCAUUCUUAAAUGCCGCAGAAUCCUAGAUUUUGAACUACAAUUUAGUAUUUACUUGGUAGGGAUCGUUUCGGGGGUCGCUUCCACCGAGUUAAACAAUUUAUCUGCUUAACUUUGCAAUUAAGUUGAGUUUUUAUUUUUGGAGCCAAGAUGAUAUCUGAGGCUUAAAAAGAAGAAGCAAAACAUCAAAGCUGCAAUUCUUGAGAUGGGUAUUGCUAGCUACUUUCGUUUGUUUAUAAAUAAGUUUGUGAGGUGCAAUUUGUAAAGUAAAAGAAAACAACAAGCUAAAAAGCAUGUGGGAAAACUUGGUUAACCCAAGAACCAACCCAAAUCAGUCAGUACUGUUCCAUGUUUUGACAAUGUUAAAACCACUAACCAAAAAUGGUUUUUGAGUUCUUUACUGUUUUUUUCCUCCUUUUUUUCUCUUAAUUUAUUAUUUCUUUUUUCAAAAGUAAACAUGAAACAUGGAUUUUUCCUUUUGUUGCCAUUACCCUCGAAAUUGUACAACUUAUACGUAAAUUUUAAUUUUUCAAUAUACAAAGUUUGAUCUUUCAGCAUCCUGUUAAAUUCAUGAAAUAGUUGCAGGGUCGUUCAUUUCUAUUUUGUUUGGGUUAUUCGGUUUGAAUAUUGCUUUGAUUUCAAAAUUUUGUUUGUUUUUUAAAGAUUUUUAAAAACCAAUUUGGGAUGCUUUGUUAAGAAGAAGAAGAUAAAACAAGAUUUUUGAGGCUUGCAUAUAUAUUUUGGUACCAGUCGUUGUAAUGUUAAAUCCAUUUCUUGUAGAUUGAAAUACAGUGUAAGAUUUUUUCAGAGUAUAAAAAACUCAGAUUUUGUAGAUACAGACGAUAUUGUUGGGACGUGUAGUUGCAUGUUGUUGUUUUUUGUUUUUUGUUUUUUUUAUAAAAUAAUAUUAAUGACGUGAACUGCCUGAAAUUGGAAUUGGCUCCAUGUCAAAUUCGAAGUUGAGCUUUUUUUAAUCUGUAUUUACCAACCAUUCUAGCGUGCAUUUUGGCGUUCAUAGCCAAUAACUGUUUCGAUCGAAUUGGCCAAUGACCAUAACGGUUAUUGAUUAUGACUGCCAUAACGCACCCCUUAAGUUGUACGCAUUAUUGCCAGUAUUAAAUUGAAUAGUGCAUAGAAUUUCCUGCACCUUUUUUAUUUUUUAGAAGAAGAAAAAUCUUGUAUAUAAGGAAAGACAAAUUGAGAACACCUUGAGGAUGAGUUUGAUUGUCUCUGCUUAUAGGGCACUUAGGGUGGUUGGUCAAUACCUUUUUAUUCUGAAAUCAAUUCUUCAAAGCCAGACACAGAACCAAGUUAUGUAUUUUGAUUUGGAGUGUGUUGUACAAUGGCAGCGCUAUGUGCAAUUUUGACUGUCUGGCCAAGAAGGUCAUAACCAUGGUGAUGACAUGGAUCCUGGUGGCAUCCCCAAAUCAAAAUAUGUAACUUGCCUGAUUGUGAAUUAUUGAUAAAACAUUCCACUUUGGACCACAACUUUGGAGAUCAUUCCAUAAAGAAGGCUGAAAAAAUAAAAUAAUUAUAAAACAAAAAAAAAGAAUAAAAAAUAAAAACUGUGUGCCUUAAACACUGCUUUCUAGUUUUUUUCCCUACACUCCUUCACACAGCCUUUCUAAUUCUCUUUACAUAUCAACAGCCUUAUGUCCAUGUCAUUUCCCUCAAAUCUAUACAACUUGCUGUCAUAUCUUAACUGUUUUUCAUCCCUGACGUAGUGUACAGGUAUUUCUAGCGUUUUUCUCUCCUGCAUUUCUCUCUCGUUCUGUGUCAUACUUUCCGCUCUUUGCUCUAUUACUAGUUAGGAAUGAUUGCACCAGCAGAUGUUGGGAAAAUUUGGUUUUUAAUUACCCUGUAUUCUGCUGGUGCUCUGACCUCUGACCUUUGUUCUAUGACCUUCUUCAAUAUCUGUUGUAUUUGGUGUUUAUUUCUGUAAUUGUGUUUUCUGCUCUUCAAUUUUCUGAGUUACUCCUUUUGUGAGCUCCCGUUGCUUUAAAAUAUACCAGUCAGUCAUGCUUUUAAUCUUUUCCCCUUUUCAACAAAUAAAAAACACCCCAAGAUUUUGGAUUUAAAUACAGCAUGAGAAAUGUGUUAGUUCUUGACAGAAGCCAUUGCAGUCUCAAGUUUGAAACUCAACAUAGGCUUAUUGUGUUCUGUCUAGUCAAAAUAGCUAAACAAUUCUAAAUUUACUGUUCAAAUUGUCCAUUGUGUCUUAGCUUUUUAAUUGUUCAACCAUAAAUAAUUUGCUGUACUGUGACCAUACUAAAAUAAUUUGAAGUGAUACAUUCCCCAUAAAAAAAAAACAAUGUUUGGUAUUGCAGAAAUGAGAUUUAUUUACGUCAGUGGGAUUUGUUGCUUAACCCCAUUGCCUAUGAUUUAUAUGCUUGAAUUGUAAAUUGCUCAUUUUCUGUAAUCAGUUUUUGAUAAAGAGCUUUCUUGUUACUAAGCAGACUUUAACUUUAAUCUGUUACUAUCCUAUUCAUCUGAAUGUGACUUGUCCUUCGAUUGCUCCUCUUAUUGCAAAAGAAAUUUCAAUCAUUUUCUCUGUAAGAAAAAUAAUUUCAUAGAGAAGAAUUCCUGUGAAGUAUUGCAGUGGUGGAACCUAGGGGGAGUUCCCCUUUCUGGAACCACCCACCCUUGCUUCCUCAUCAUGUGGUCAGUCUAUCCUUACCACCUCUCCCUAUAAACCCCUUGCACAACGCACCUACACACGCCCAUCCUGUUUCCGCCAUUUUGUGGAGUCAAAAUGUGCAUUAACGAGUUGAUGCCCAAAAUGGCGGAAAUCGUAGACGCACGUAGACCUUAUCACAAGUACUUGGUACGUGUGUAAUGGGCAUGGAAUGAGGUGCAUGCUGGUCUAGCUAGCGAUCAAGUUUGAUCGCUAAUUAGACCAGCUUGCACCUUUUGCAACAGGUAGCGCUUGCGCAAUGUUUUUUUUUGCGAAAAGGUCUAUUGUUUUGGAGGUGUGUUCCACUUGGUGCAGGGGGUCUAUAGCUGUUCUGUACAAACUAUCCAUUCACCACCAUCCUAUCCCCUUCAUGUUGACAAUGAGUGAAAUUCCUUUUGUUUGAUAGCGGCAUUCAAGCUGGUAGCUAUCCUUUGGCCUCUUGUUGUUAAGCAACCAGUUUGUUAUUUGCAUGCCUUGUAACAUCAUUAAUCCCGUUCUAGAUGUGUACGCUGUUAUAGCUUUUUACAGCUUUUCAUGUGAUUUCUACAUGGUUUUUUCUUACUUCUAUAUAGGCUGUUGAUUAUGAAACUGUCUCUCUGUAAUAUAUUAUUCUUUAUACUCUGUAGUGUAGUUCUUAGCAUAUAAUAACCUGUUGGUUAAUAACAGACGGGGGAGAGAAGAAAUAAAUGUGCCAAGAUUUGGUUUUUGGUUUUUGUUUUCAUUGUGGAGGGUGACCACUUGGCACAUUGGAGAAAUUAUUUGCACUUUUUAAGAGAAGAAAAACAUUUAAGAUGGGAGACUAGAAAUUUGCAAACUGUUCAUGCCAUUUUUUGUUGUUGUAAUGUUGCGAAAUAAAUGCAGGCAAUACAAAUGGCAAAAUUUAUUUUAAUUUGAUGUCAGUUUAAUGAAUUGGUUUUUGAAACCUGAAGGCCUUGAUAAGUGAUGAUGCUAGACGAUCACAUUUUUUUUUAUUCUCAUGUGUAAAAGUUAAAAGUCUUGGUGCAAAUAAUUUCUCUGACAGAAGUUUUGUCGGGAGAAGAUGUUAUGUUGAUUUCCUCUUCUCCAACAAGACUUUUGAGUUUUCGUUUUUGUUUUUUCUUAAGAUAUUCAGUAACCAGGCUGUAUUAUACUACAGUGUAUCUUUCAUUCCUUUAUAACUAUUUUAUAACUGCUUAACUUAUGUCUUCUUGUAUUCGGACCCUUUUGGAACAAACCGCGUGUUGGUCUCUUGAGGGAACGAUCUUACGUAUGUGUGUACAUUUUAGGUACAAAAUCUUUUCCUUUGGUGUCUAUCCUUGGAUCAACUUACAAGUAUAUUGGUCAGAUAAGUUGGAGAGUGCUAUUGACU